AUGAGUGUUUGGAACGGCACACACUCUCACGGAAUGAUCCGAGCUGGAUUAGACUUGGAGAUGCCCGGCCCCACUGCCAUUCGAGGCGCCGCCUUUAAUGCGGCAUUUCGUUCUAGGAAGGUCUCCGAACAAAAUAUCGAUGACAGGGUCCAAGACACCCCUGAGGAGUCGAACGACGAUCCAGAAGGAAAGAGAAUCCUUCGAGAAGCUGCUUCCUCUAUUCCAGUCUGCGGUCGUUUUGCUGAAGAAGAGGCAAAUGCUCUUCCUUUGGAUCCUUCUAUUGUCAAAUCCAUUGGUGUCAUCGGCCCAAACGCAAAUAAUGCGGUUGUCUCUGGUUGGGACUUCGUCCUAAAAUUUACUUUUGAAGCCACGCCCGAGGCGAGUCCGUCGUCAACACUCCAGCGACCACCAAAGGAACUUGAGGGCUUUACGAAGACGGCGGUUCUUCAACCCAGGGGAUCCGAGGAUGUUUUUAUUGGCCUGGCCUUUGGAUUUUUCAACGACCAGAAGGAUAUGAAUCGCGGGGUUGCCGAGGAGGAUGAAUUCAAAAACUUUGUAGGGCCUACUCUCGAUGACGUUCAGACGUCGUCCAGUCUGGAACUUACGGAGACGUUCUCUUGGAUUUAA